AUGCGGCGCAGGCAGUGGGAGGUGGUGAGCACGGAUACCUACUGGUCGGACGAGGGCGAUGAAAUGGAGUGCCCUCUGUGUUUGGAAGAGAUUGACAUUUCCGACGCCAACUUUAAGCCGUGUCCGUGUGGGUACCAGAUCUGUCGGUUCUGCUGGCACCAUAUCAAGCAGAAUUUGAACGGACGGUGUCCCGCGUGCCGGCGCAAGUACUCGGACCAGGCAAUCGAGUUCAAGGCGAUGUCCACCGAAGAAAUCCUGCUCUUAACGAAUGCAAAGAAAAACCGCGAGCGCGAAAAGAAGGAGAUGGAGGCGACGAACCGCAAGCACCUGUCCAACAUGCGCGUCGUCCAAAAGAACCUCGUGUACGUCGUCGGGCUCUCGCCCAAGUUUGCGCGGGAAGAGUUUAUUCCCACAUUGAAGAGCGCCGACUACUUUGGGCAGUACGGGCGCGUGGCCAAGAUUCUCAUCUCGAAGCGCAUGUCCACGCACAAGUUUGGCAACGGGCACGACCCGUCGAUCGGCGUGUACGUCACUUACCAGAACAAGGAGGACGCGGCGCGCGCCAUUGUCGCGAUCGAUGGCAGCAAGGAGCCAGGGGGGCGCAUCAUCCGUGCGAGCUACGGCACGACCAAGUACUGCACGGCCUACCUGCGGAAUUUGCCGUGCUCAAACCCCGGCUGCACCUACCUGCACGAGCCGGGCGAGGAGGCCGACUCGUUUACCAAAGAGGACCUCGCGACGCUACGCCACGCCGCCAAGGACACGGAGCACAAGAUCAAGCCCGCGUCGAUGCAUUUGAACCCCAUCACCAAAAAAGUGCAGGCAGAGAACGCGGCGAACCAGUCGGACGGCGGCGAGGGCUCGGCGCUGCCGCGCACCGCGCUCUGGGCGUCGGGCAAGCCAGUCGGCCCCGAGACGGUGCGCGACGCGAGCGCUUUCCCGUCGCUCGCCGCGCAAAAAGAGUCGCCCAAGGUCAAGGCCGCGACGCCCGCGCGCGCGACGCCCACGCCGAAAGCCAAGGCUGCGACGCCCGCGCCCGAGUCGCCGCGCCCUGCACCCAAGGCGGCGAAGGACAAGGCGCGCAAGGACGAGCCGCCGCAGGGCGAGGACGAGGACGAGGACGAGGACGAGUACGUGUACAAGCCCUCGGCCAACGCACAACGCCUCAUCGACGACCUGCACGCGCGCCGCCAGGACGCACGCGAGCAGCCGAGCGUCUUUCCCGACUUUGACUGGACGCUCGCGUCGUUCAGCGACGGCGACUUUUCCUUCCACCUCCCCGCGAUGCCGGACGUGGCGAGCUCGUCCAUGACCUCGCUCACGCCCGCGUUUGCGUCGGACGUCCGCAUCGACGAGGGCGACGCGCCGGUGUACACGCCGUAUCAGGGGUCCUUUAACCCCUUUGAUACAGACGUGCACGAGGCCGCGACCGAGUACGAGACGCCGCGCAUGGCGCCGGACGCGCUCUGGCGCCUGCAGCAGCAGGCCGCGCGCCCACGCACCGAGCUCUGGCCGCGGCGCGCCGACGAGCCCGAGCGCGCGCCAGAGGAGCAGCGCUCGGCCGCCGCCGCGCUCCUCGCCGCGCGCGCGCGGCAGCUGCAGGAGGCCACCGAGUCGCCCCAGCACGACGCGCGCGCCAAACUCGGCCGGCAGCCGGGCGCGGACUCGCAGUCGCUCCUCGCGCUCCUGCGCCGCAUCCAGGACCAGCCAGGGGACGAGCGCGUGGCGCACGCUCCGCCGGGCCUUGGCGAGGUGCGUACGCCGAGCCGCACGCCGAGCCGCACGCCGAGCCGCGACGGCCCGGUGUCGUACACGCCGCCGCCGCCUGGCCUUGCGCCGAGCGGCGCGCAGCCGAACCGCGCCACGGGCCUGCUCCUCGCGCAGCUGCUCGGCACGCCGGGCGCCAAGCCCGACGCGUACGGCCCCGCGCCGACCUCUACAUAG